AGUGGAGCUGAGCGGCGAGGAGAGAGCGCGGCAGGGCGGGGGAGAGCGCGGAGCUGAACGAGGCAGCGGGAGCGGCUCCCGGCGCCGGGCGGCACCAUGAGCGAACAGAGUAUCUGCCAAGCACGAGCUGCUGUAAUGGUCUACGAUGAUGCCAAUAAGAAAUGGGUACCAGCUGGUGGAUCAACUGGAUUCAGCAGAGUUCACAUAUAUCAUCACACAGGCAACAACACGUUCAGAGUUGUGGGCAGGAAGAUUCAAGAUCAUCAGGUGGUAAUAAACUGUGCCAUUCCAAAAGGGCUCAAGUACAAUCAGGCUACACAGACCUUCCAUCAGUGGCGUGAUGCUAGACAAGUGUAUGGUCUGAAUUUUGGCAGCAAAGAAGAUGCCAAUGUCUUUGCAAGUGCCAUGAUGCAUGCCUUAGAAGUAUUAAAUUCCCAGGAAGCUGUGUUCUAUUUAGGUCCUACGUUGCCUCGACAGAAUUCACAGCUUCCCUCUCAAGUACAAAAUGGCCCAUCACAAGAAGAAUUGGACAUCCAGAGAAGACAGUUGCAAGAGCAACAAAGGCAGAAGGAGCUGGAACGGGAGAGGCUGGAUCGUGAACGAAUGGAACGGGAGAGGCUGGAGAGAGAGAGGCUAGAAAGGGAAAGACUUGAAAGAGAGCGCCUAGAGCAGGAACAACUGGAGAGAGAACGACAAGAAAGGGAACGACAAGAGCGCCUAGAAAGGGAGAGACAGGAAAAGGAGAGGCAGGACCGAGAAAGACUUGAACGACUUGAACGGGAAAGGCAAGAAAGAGAACGACAAGAACAGUUGGAAAGGGAACAAUUGGAGUGGGAAAGAGAGAGAAGAAUUUCAAAUGCUGCUCCAUCUUUCGACAACUCCCCGUAUAGCACUCCACUUCCUGAAUACUCCAGUUGCCAGCCUCCUUCAGCACCUCCUCCAUCAUAUGCAAAAGCAGUCUCAGCACCAAUGUCAGAGGCCACACCGGAGUAUGCUGUAGUGACUUCUGCACCACCGACUUCCACUCCCCCUACACCGCCUCUAAGGCACUCUGCAUCACGUUUUGCUACAUCUUUAGGCUCAGCUUUCCACCCAGUUCUUCCCCAUUACGCUACGGUUCCUCGUCCACUGAACAAAAGUUCUCGGCCCCCUUCUCCAGUGAAUGCCCCGGCGACGUUACCUCCAAACCCAAAGCCAGUUGCCUGGUCUGCGCCCAGUUUUGCCCCGCUUCCCCCAUCACCUCCAGUAAUGAUAAGCAGUCCGCCAGGCAAAGCCACCGGUCCGAGACCAGUCCUCCCAGUGUCGGCUUCUAAUCCAGUGGCUCAGAUGCCCGCAUCUCCCACAGCUCCUAAUGGGCUUUCUGAGAAUGUGACUUAUGCGAUUCCUUCACCUUCUACCUCAGGUCCAACUCCACCUCCGCCGCCUCCUCCCCCACCACUGCCUUCCUUUCCGCCUCUGUCACUCUCUGGACCUCAAGCUUCUCCUUCUCCAAACUCCCCUAAUGCCUCGACUCCCUCAUCCAAGCCUAGUGUUCUCCCUUCUCCCUCUGCAGCUACCCCUGCCUCUGUUGAGAACUCUCUAAACUCUGUGCUGGGAGACUCCUCUGCUUCUGAGCCAGUCUUGCAGGCAGCCUCUCAGCCGAUUGAACCUACGACCCAGCAGGGUGUUGUCCAAGGACCACCUGCACCUCCUCCCCCACCCCCGUUGCCCCCAGGCCCAGCCCAGGCCUCAGUAGCAGCCCCACCACCUCCUGGCCCACCGCCACCACCGCCACCUCUCCCUUCAUCAGGGCCUCCACCACCACCACCACCUCCUCCGCUUCCCAGCCAAGCUCCCACAGUUCCCCUCCCUCCUCCUGCUCCCCCUCUUCCUGCUUCGGGGUUUUCAGCUGGAUUUGUGUCUGAAGAAAAUCGCCCUCUGACUGGACUAGCAGCUGCACUUGCUGGAGCCAAGCUUAGGAAAGUAUCACGGGGUGAAGACUCCUCCAGUUCAAGUGGAGGAGGAGGCUCUGCUUCAUCUAAAACAGACAGUGGCCGUGGAAAUGGGCCGCUUCCCUUGGGAGGCAGUGGCUUAAUGGAAGAAAUGAGUGCCCUGCUGGCCAGGAGGAGAAGAAUUGCUGAAAAGGGAUCAACAGAGCCAGAGCAGAAAGAAGAUAAAACUGAAGAAUCAGAAUCUUCAACCUCUAAGGCUUCUUCAACAAGUACACCUGAACUAACAAGAAAGCCUUGGGAAAGAACAAAUACAGUAAAUGGAAGCAAGUCGCCUGUUAUAUCCAGACGGGAAUCUCCAUGGAAAAACCUCGUUUCUGAAAACAGGUUCUAUGAUUCAUUAAACAGACCAAAAUCUACAACAGCGGGGCAACCCAGUGCCAAUGGAGUACAGUCAGAAGGUCUAGAUUAUGACAGAUUGAAGCAGGAUAUUUUAGAUGAAAUGAGGAAGGAGUUAACAAAAUUAAAGGAAGAACUCAUUGAUGCGAUCAGGCAGGAACUGAGCAAGUCGAAUACUGCAUAGAAAGACUAGUACUAAGCCGAUGUGACUCUUUAACUUGGUAUAAAACUGACUACGUUUGUGAGCUGUUAGAAGAAAAUGGAAACAGACACUUGGAAGGAGGGAGAAACACCAUAUUCUGAAAAGCUUCAGACGCAUCACUCUGGUGAUAUGCUAUUUCCCUCCUGGUUUGCAGCUUUUUUCUGACCUUUACAGCAGGGUGGAAAAGAGUCUUAAGGUUACUGUAAUGAUUGUGCAGAAAUUCCUACACCUUUCAGACAAGAUCACAGUGCUUUGAAGUAUACUCAUGUCAAAAUAAAAUUGCACAUGUUUCAGAAUUUGUUGUUAAAGAAAAAAAAAACAACAGGGAAAAGCUGGGGAAGGCUUUUCAGAGAGGUUUUCUUUAUUAAUGAAGGAUUUAGCAAGUUAUACUGUUGUACUUCAAAUGUAUCUCAGGUUUGUCUUCCUAUCAUAUCUGAUGUUUUCAUGAAUAAUUAAAAAGAUCAGAUGUGUGUAAGUUCAGUUCACAAAUAUGGAACAAUUAGAAAUAUGUACUUUUAAAGGGCAAUAUUUGUAAGUGAAUGACCUAGACAGUGUUCACUUGUGAAGAUUUUGGAAUUUUAUGAUAGGAAGCCUCUCUAGUUAGCCUUCAUGCAAUUUUAUAGGAAAAAAAGAAAAAGCAAUUGCAGUCCAGAGUUUAAAGAUGUAGAUGCCUUCCUACAUUGUUACAAUGCUUUACCAAAUCUAAGACUUCUACAUAAAGCAAAUCAGCAGUCAAAUGUAAAUCAUUAGUAUGUUGUAGAUUUACAGUAGAUUUUUGGGCUUUUUUUAGAUUUAUGCAUGUGGACAUUUUUGUAAUGUAACACAACACAGCUUUUUAAUUAAAAAAAAAAAAAUUGCAUGUCACAGAUAUUAAGUAGCCUUUUCAUUUUUAAGGCUUAAUUUAUGCCCAGAAAAAUGUGGGAUGAGGGAGGGGGAAGGUGACACAUUUUUUAUUACUUUCUACACUUUUUCUUCAUCUUACAUGCAUGUGUAAUAAUGAGGAAAAUGUGACUUUAUCACUAACCAUGUUAAUGGAACCAGGUACUUAGUCCUUUUUUGUAUCUUUUUUUUUCCAGUUUUGUAUUUGAAAUUCAGUAACACUUCCAUAAUGGUUCUGAAACUCCCAUGAGAAUCUAACUCAUUUUUUGAUGAGAGAACAAACAUUUAAACAUCUAAAUUACUGAGGAUGCACCUGUACAAGUGUGUGAUUCUUUACCUUUUUACCAUGACUCUCUGCUUCACUGUUUUCUGAGACUCCUUUUCUGAUUGGUUAAUGAAACAAGACAGCAGUUAGUUACAUUAGAAAUGUGGAGCAUCAGAUCACAGUAGAUCUCCCCUUCUAAUUUAUCUGCCACCUUCCUUCCAAAAGAAAAAAAGAAGGGAAAAGAAAAACCCUACCAAAAGCACCACCAACAAAAACAGCUGCUCCACACAAUCCAAACUGAAAGACAGCAGUGCUGUACCAUUGGUUUCAGUCAGUAAUUUGAGAAUCAUUUCCAGGGAGGAUGCCGCCCUUCUGUUUCCCCAGGUUUUCAGGUUGUUUUUUUUUUGACUCUGUGCACUUUGGUGGCAUAGAAUUCCUGUGACUUGGACCUGUAGUGUUUUGGAAGAAUAACGCGGAUCGAAAUCUUCCCCUUUCCUUUGCACUGUCAGUUUUUCUGAGCCGUAACAGUGCCAUGUUUGCUUUGUGAUCUGUGCUAAUCUGAAACAAAAGUUUACUUGCGACUUUUGGAGAGAAUAAUGUUUCAGCAUAAAAGUAUGCGCAGCUCCAUCCCAUGGGCAAAUGCUUUUGAUGACAUACUGUCUUAAGUGCUGAACACCAAAGCAAAACAGCACUUACUGGUUUAGAAAAGCUUAAGUUGGAUUUUUUUUUCUCCAAACAUUUCUUCUUUUCAAAUCCUGAGAGAAGACUACAGUGGAAAUAUUGCCUAAUUCAAUUCAUGAAACCAUUUUUUAAAAGAAGAAAAAACUGUUUUUCUGCAUGCAUUUCUUGGAGGCGUUAAAAAAAACAAACCCGUAGUAACCUUGUAAAGUACUGUUUUUCUCAAAAUAAGAGGAGGCAUUUUCAUCUUUGUUAUUGUAACUUUGUUUUACACGGACAUUUUCAGCAUUAGGGAAGUUUACCCUUGUCAGAAAUCAUGUUGGGUUUGUUUUUAGGAGAGUUGAGGAGUAGCUUAGUGGGAUAGUGUGAAUGGAUAUAAGUGGUCCAAAAUUAAACGAGAAGCGACUAGGUUGUGCAAGGAACUGGCUUAUGCACUAAACGUUUUGUGCCUUGGUCUAAAAUUAACAUGAUUUCUGUUCAAAAGAAAAGGAACAGAUGUCUUCUUUCGUGCUGCUUCUACAUACAUACUUUCUAUGAUCCCAAGUUGCUGAAUUGGUUCUUUCCAAAAAAUCUGAUUGAAUUAAAGAUUACUGUAAACAUUUCCUGUCAUACUGACAGUUGCACCAUUUCCAGAGAUUUCAGUAUUGAAAAUGAGCUACAGAAGCUAAGGUUAUUUUGCCUACUGGUAACUAAGUUCUUUGAUAACCAUAUUGUGGUGGUUCUGUGCUUUUGUAUAAUGGAUGUCUUAAACUGAGGACAGUUUAGGGGAUCCUUUCUGAUUCCAGGAAAGCGUUGCUUUCCUCAACACUGUGAUCUAAUCUGUGAUAAACCUGUACUAUAUACAAGUGGCUAACAAGUCAACCACAAACAAACUGAAUGUAAAAAUCUUAGUGCUGGUGCUGAAAUCUCUUCAGACAGUCAUAAUUUCCAGUUCAUUGUUUUAAAAAGUUAUCAAGCAUCAAGUGUCAAUCGAAAACUGAAGACGAUCACUAAUGAAUGUUGAAUUUUCAUGCAUUUAGGUUUACCUUCUUUUUAGUUUCUCAGUUCAUUCUCUGCUAUUUUUACCAUAUUGUGUCAUUUUAAAUUUCUUACAUGCUAACGUUUUGUUUGAGCGAAUGAAAUAAAAUUGCAAUAUAUACACGUUGCCACAUUUCUUUAUGGAACUUCAUGGAAGAAUCUCCUAUGUUCAAUACUAAAAUUCUCAAACACUUUACUGACUGCUGAUUCCAUAAUCCUUGGUUUCACCACUCAUUUUUGCCUUUCCUUUGGAAGAUUUGAUAAAGAAAAUGAAAUACCUUACAUGGAGUGUGUAACUGCAGGGACUGUAAUGUUCAUGAAUGAUAAUGUACAUAAAUUCCAAUUCAUUUUC